UUGUUGUAUUCCGAACCAGUUUAGUCGCGUCGAAGAAUAGGAAUUUAAAUGAAAACAUAGAAGUUCCUAACAACAUACCGCAUAGAUUAUCUAUAUAAUGGAGUAAUUAUUGCUUAUUCCAGUUAAAUGGAUGAGGUUUGUGAUAGAAAACCUUCUGAGGAAGAUCUGCUCGGCUGUUGGGAGAUAGUGUCUUGCAAACUACAAGAAGAGAGAUACCCAGACGUCGAAGGGGUACAAUUCAGUUUAGAGGAAGGUGGUGAUCUGAUCUGGAGUGUGCCUCCAACAUCAGAACAAGAUACACUUCCUUUCUUUUCUUGUGAAACAUUUGUGGUCGAUGGCUUUUCAGGAGAGUUGGUUUGUUAUGGCAGCAAUGUUGACAAAAUUGCUUUAAGAUGUUCUCUUGAAUCAAACCAGCUGGUCUUGUGUUAUGACAGACAUUUAAAGUUGUGCUGUCGAAAGGUGGAUCAAGUGAACUCUACAAAUCUUUCACAUGGUCCAUAUUCCUUACUUUCUGCAUUGAAGGAGGGCGUUUUCACAGAUAUCACCCUUACUGCUAGCAAUGGUGAAAAGUUCCAAGCCCACAAGACAGUCCUUUCUUGUUUCUUUACUGAUGUCUGUACAUGGGACAAAAUUCCUCCUUUAUUAGAAAAUCAGCCAUCAGAUGUGCUAAGGGCACUGUUACAUUACUUGUACACCAGUUGUUUGCCAGCUGACAUCUCAGAUGAAACUGCAAAAGAGCUUCAAAAAAUUUCUCAGUUGAAUGGGAAGGAUAUUGGACAUCUAAGCAAGCUUUGUACUGAGUAUCUUGAAGCAACAGCUGUGAAAAAUAGGAUCAAAAGUCUUCUCAGUGACUUAUAUAGUAUAUUGGAGUACAUUUUACAAAUAUCAGAAUCUUUAGCCUCAGGAUUUCGUCAUGAUAGAACAAGUAAUGGAGCUGUCAACACUGGAAAUGGAUGUAGGGUAGAUCCUCUAAAGAUAGUCAAAGUUACCAAAAUGUCACUGAGGCAACUAUCAAUAGGAAUGUUGAAGUUUGUUUUGCUCUGUGACAUUUUUACCAAACACAAGUCUGACCUAUCAAGAGAAGAGAGACAAGAUAUUAUUCAGCACUGUUGGAAGAGGUUGCCUUGUUUUGUGGAACUAGUGGAGAAAUUCUUGACAGUUUUCCAAGGUGCUUUAUCUGGACUCAGUGAGUCUGAGAGGGAAGACAUGGCCUUGCAUCUUAUUCCAGAGGGGGGAUUUUACUUCUUUAUCAGAAGAACAGAAGCUGAGGUCUGUGUUAAAGACCAUGGAUAAUAUGAUGCUAGAGAUACCAGAUCACAUUCGCACUCUCCAUAAAUUUCCAAGAAUAUUUGAGAAAAAGAUGCCAUGGAAGCAGUGGAAGUAUUUGUGUAAAGAGUGGACGUCAUUCGUGAGUCUUAGUUUACGAAAAGUGUUAGCAAACAAAGAUAUUCUUGAGCCGGUGGUGGAACAGACAAUUGCUUUAAUUCAUGAAGACCAGUUUACCAAUCUUGUUCAGGAACUUGGUUUCCGAAAGGAGAGUUUUAGUGAGGACAAGGACGAGGACAUCACUAGAGAAAAGAAGAGCAGAGGUCGUGUGGAGUCAGUAAUAACUUGUCCGCCGGCUGAUAAGAGCCCGCUGGCUCAAUCAGUCAACCAGCUAUUGAUAUCUGGAGCUCAUGCAGACAUGAAAUUUAUUUUUGACAAAACAGACUUAUCUCAUUACUCCGCAUGCACAGAGUGCAAAAGAAUAUGUGAUCAGAACGUAAUGGAGAUUGCUGCCCAUCGUGUUAUUGUAGCUACACGUUGUGAUUGGUUUAGACGGGCACUGCUGAGUGGCAUGAAAGAAUCUAUAGAAAGGCGGAUUUUAAUUCCAGACACGAGUCCAUGUUUGUUCUACAAGUUCCUUGGUUAUCUGUACAGCGGUAUUCUUGAUAAGGACAGCCUUAGUUUGGACGAGCUUGCCGAGGUGAUAGCAUUGAGCGAUAAGUACGAGGUGGAUUCUCUAAAAGAAAUUUGUGAGGGAGUCUUACUUCGAAACAUCGAUGAAGAUAACGUUUUGCUGUAUCUUGGUAUGGCAGAGCAGUAUUCUGUGGCUCGUUUAAAGGAAGAAUCAUUUAACUACAUAACGUUGCAUCCUGAAGUCUUGGAAUCAGAAAUGUUUGAAGAGCUCCCUGGCACUUUGAAACAAAGUAUCGAGGACAGAAUUCGUCAAAACAUGCCACAGGCUAAACCAAUAACAGAGGAAGUAAAUCAGGCACUUGCUAUUACCCGUUUAGAAGAUUUUGAAGGCCUGCUCGAGGACGAUUUUGUUGAAUAUUCGGAGGACAGUGAUGAUGACAACGACGAUGACGUCAUGCCACGUGGUAACAGUCAAAUAGAGCGUUGUAUUGAACAACUUCGUGAUGUCCUCGGAGAUGAUGUGCCGCGGAGAGAACUGGUACGAGUGACUCUUGCGGCGGAUUGUGAUCCUAAUAGAGCUCUUAACUUUUAUUUCACUUAACGUUUUAGAAGAAAUUUCAAAGCUUAUUUCGGGUAUUUCACAUGAAAAUGGUAAAACUACAGUAGACCCUGUAUUAAGUGGUCACCUUGUAUUUUGCGGUCGGUUGUAAAAGUCCCGAAUUUGUUUCUCUCCAAUAACUGUUAAGCGGUCUUGGUCACCUUUGAGUGAGUGCCAUCGGUUAGUUUUUUUCCCACCUCUACUGAACGGUCACUUUAAGUGUAUCAGCUCAAAUUAAACUAAGAAUAGCCUUUUAAAUAAAAAUGAGUCCAUUUUAUCGCCCGAAAUCAAUGUUAGUGGCAUUUUUGAGGGAUUUUUUUGUACAUAAGUGGUCAGUUAUGGCAUUAAACGGCGUUUUUUCGUGGUACCCCUAUCCUGCGGAACCUGUAUUAAGCUGUGGAACCUGUGUUAUUCCCGUGGGUGACCGCUUAAUACAGGUUUGACUUUAGUUGGCAAAGCACACGAAAAAUCUUCACUAGCGCGAGAGAUUAUCCUACAUGACGUAACUACUGCUUUGACGUAAUCGUUGCGUAAAACGCUCAAAAAGAAAUGGCGCUUUCAAAAAUUUCUUCUCUGAGGAGGGUUUCAAUACAAAUUCCAGCCAUUUUGCCAGAAGAUUGGGAAACAUUUGAAAAGUAAACCUAACAAGAGAUGGAACGUGUGGGCGGGAACAAAAUAAAUAAAUAAUAAACAGGAGUUGUUGAAGAGAUGGAAGUUAGCGGCCUCUUUUUUCCCUUUGUCGGUUUUGUAAACUGUAAAGCUACGUAUGUUGACAGUGACAAAUGACAAGUUUUAUUCCGGCAAAAGGUUGAUAAGGGUGUCUAAACACCUUAUCCAAAAAAACACCUUGUUGACACCCUACAGGUCUCCAAGACUCUACCGGUAAUUUAAAAAAUUUUCCAAAAUUUUGACUGGCAAAUCGUUUCUCAAUGUUGAAAUUUUGUACUAAAAAUUGAAAAGUAAGUACGUGUAGAUUUUAUUUUACCCAAUCUCGCCAAAGCUGUCAUUCGAUUUUUGUAAAGAGCUUUGAGAUAAAACGUUGAAUUCAAAUGGUUAUGAAUAAUGAUUUAAAACAGUUGCUAUGUGGGACGUUAGCGGGACUCGGAUUGAAACUAAAUGAUGUCUUUUGUACCAAAAAUAUGCCUUAUUUAUAAGGGUAAAUACUGAAAUUGUAAUAGUUAGGAAAAGUUAAUAAAAACCCAUGCAGAAGUAA